AUGUUGAUCCCCAACAUCAUUGCCGUUGCUGCGGUUGCCGCCACUUUCGUCUCCGGAUUGCCUACGGUCACCGAUGCCAAUUAUGCCGUCCUUGCCGCGCGUGAAGCUGUCCCCGCCUGGAGCACGCAAGCCCAUACUGUAUCCAAGCGAGGAUUUGGAGUUGGGGGAAAGAGCAAAAGACAAAGCAGUCCCCCACGACAAUCUAACCCUAAGCCCGACGAUCUCACCCGUAGACCAUUGACCUCACCCUCACGACAAAGACGCGCAUCCCCUCCAGUUCCUGCCGGUGAAACGCUCGAGAAGAGAAUGAAGUUCGGAGGACUUGGAAAAAUAUUUGGAAAGAAGAAGAAGCCCAGUAGCCCACCUGCUGCCCAAAGCAUCCCAGAACGACCAGCAUAUCCUGCAGCACCACCACCAAGAGCAGAUGGCAAUCCAUUUCCUACAUACCACAACAGACCCCACAGCAUGCAAGUUCCACCAAAGCCCUACGAACCAAAUUUCAACGCACCACGACCCGGAUCCCCUUCACCACGACCUGGAGAGUUUGGCAAUCCAUUACCUUAUGGCGCGAAGCCUUCAAUCGGGAAGCGUGAUGUUGCUGAUGAAUCCCUCGAGAAGAGACAAGGAAUAUAUGCUGCACUCAGAAGUGGCCCACGUCGACCAGCAUCUCACUCAGCUCCAGCUCCAGCCACACAAGCUCGAAAUCGUGACUCCUUCAUGGAUAUCUACGACCAAAUGCGAGCCAAUCCUGCCGCCUUUAAGAAGUCCGCCCCCAAGAAGACCACCCAGAAGCGUGACGUCGAGGAUGCGGAUGUUGAGAGCGAUUAUGAGAGCGACCAAGAAGACUACGAAGAUGAUCUCGAAUCCGAUGACGAAGACAAUGUAAUUGUUUAG